CCAUGAUCCCCCGGAAUGCAGCUCUCAUCCUUCCCUCGCGCUCCCCCCGCCAUUUCCCUGCGCUUUGCGGCUCCUGCCCAGCGGCACGGACUCCAUUUCCCUGCGUGCCCCACGGCCCGCGCCGCCCGGAAGUACCCCUCCCCCAUAAAGCGGAAGCGGGCGGCCGGUUGGUUUGGGGCGGGGCAGUACUUGGUCUCGACACCGACCGACCGAGAAGCUGCUGCAGAGCGAACCCCGCGCAGCCCGGAUCGUGAUCCCCCUGCCCGCAGCACCAUGGCAUCUGGCGUAGCAGUCUCUGAUGGAGUGAUCAAGGUCUUCAAUGACAUGAAGGUGCGGAAGGCCUCCACCCCUGAGGAGGUGAAGAAGCGCAAGAAGGCGGUGCUCUUCUGCCUGAGUGAGGACAAGAGGAACAUCAUCCUGGAGGAGGGCAAGGAGAUCCUGGUGGGGGACGUGGGUGAGACAGUCGAUGACCCCUAUCUGCACUUUGUCAAGAUGCUCCCGGAGUCGGAUUGCCGCUACGCCCUCUACGACGCCACUUACGAGACCAAGGAGAGCAAGAAGGAGGAUCUGGUCUUUGUCUUCUGGGCCCCAGAUUGUGCCCCCCUCAAGAGCAAGAUGAUCUACGCCAGCUCCAAGGAUGCCAUCAAGAAGAAACUCACAGGUAUCAAGCAUGAGUUGCAAGCAACCUGUUACGAGGAGGUGAAGGACCGCUGCACCUUGGCCCAGAAGCUGGGCGGCAACGCUGUCGUCAGCUUGGAAGGGAAGCCCUUGUGAGCCGCUCCCAGUGCCAGUUUAUACCGGAGCUUCCAUGUUAAUCAGUCCUGUGCUACCUUUUUUGGGGGGGGUGGGGGUGGGAGAGCCGUUGGGGUGGGGUGGGGUGGGAUAAUUCCUUAGAUAAUGUUUCGAUUCUUUCCCUCCUAAGUCUCCUUCUCCGGUUUGCACGAUCAGAGUCCCCAAGACACUCCACAGCCCGGCCACAACUGCUGUGCAGGGCACCUGCCAAACCCACUGCCUCCUCGGUUACCUGGAACUUCCGCCUUGGAGACCAAGGGGACCAUUCCCUGGGCACUGUAGCUUCUCAAGGUCCGGGGCUAUUCCACCAUCAGAAGGGACCAUGCAUUGAGCUCUCUCGCUUGAUGUCUAGAGACACCAAGAAGGGCCCAUUCUUGGAGUGCUGGAGUUCAGUCUUGGGAUUGUUCCACCAUUCAUGGGGAUCAUCCCCUGAGCUCUGUCUAGUUCUGGGACCAUUCCCCGUUUCCAUUCCAGUAAUGUCUCCUUCAAAGGUUGAUCAGGGACCAACUGGCUUCAUCGUUACGUUGCCCUCUCCUGACAGCCCAUCUCAAAUCCUCCAUAGGACUGAGGUCUUGAUGGCCAGUCCACUGCUGGCCAGGGUGUUCCCAAAAGGGGCUAGUGAGUGAGGGACCCUCCAACAGCCAACCCCAGGUCUUGAGCCACUAGCAGUUUCUGGUGGAAGGUGACAUCCUAGUAGCUCCUCUUAACUGCAUCCCUGUAGCCUCCUCCUGACUGGAAUUAGAAAUUUCUGGUGUGUGUAAAUUUUUUUUUUUUUAAGGGUUUUGUGUUUUGAAACAGUGAAAGAUGCUGAUUCUCUCUGGCCCCACCGGGAGAGCUGGGGGUGUCCCCGGAAAGCAACCCCCUGCUGCCAACGCGUCCAUGACUUAGUGGCUUUGUGCUUGUCUGUAGUACUGUGUAUAAAUGGAAUAUUGUGGAGAAACUUGCAAAAUUUAAGUAACUGGAGGCUGGGACACACCCUUCCAGUGGAACUUACUAAUAUGGAAGCAGCACCUGUAAUGACCUUCAAUUAAAAAAUGAAUGCUAACAA